CAAGUACUUACAUUGCAUUUUUGCUAGUAAGAACGUCAGGAUUGAUUGGAUUUUGUAAUAUAAAAGCACUUGGAGAUUGGAGACAAAUAGAAAAGGAGGUAAAAUAACAAUAGCAAUAAUUGGAGAUAAUAAGUGUAUCAAAGGACUCCAGCUUUGAAGCAAGGAUGUUGGUGGCAGACCCACGGGUCAGCAUCGAUGGUGUCUGGCCCUUCCUCCAGAGUAUCGAUUGGAGAGACCCAUGGCUUGUAUUACUCUUGACAUUUCACGUAGCUGUGACAAUGACAGCUGUAAUGACCAGGAACCAUGCAAAUUUUCAGAUUUUAUUAUUCCUUGUACUUUUAUUGUUGGUUUAUUUUUCUGAGACCAUUAAUGAAGUAGCUGCCACAAAUUGGAUGGUCUUCUCCAGGCAACAAUAUUUCGACUCCAAGGGAUUAUUCAUAUCAAUCGUUUUUUCAGUCCCAAUUUUGAUGAAUUGUAUGAUUAUGGUGGCAAGUUGGUUGUAUCAAUCAAGUCAAUUAAUGACCAGCCUAAAACGGGCGCAAUUACGUCAGCAGGCGAAAAAUAGACUGACAUCUCAAGCAGCAGCGGCGGCGGCGGCAGCAGCAGCUGCAGCAAACGGAGAAAUGUCGAACGGAACGAGUGUCACAUCCCAAUGUGUCGAGAAAAAAAACGAUUAAAGGAAAAUAAUUUAAAUCGAAAAAAAAACAACUCUAGUCAGCCCACACAUCGGCGAUAACAAUGACGUUUUCCUUUGAAUAAAAUGUAGAGAACGAGAUAGUAAAAUUUUACAUGCAGCAAACGUUGGGGAUUGAGUACUACAUAUAUUAUCAAUAAUUGACGUGAAAUAUUUCUGAAAAUAAUCAUGCUGCAAAGUAGCUCUUAAAUUUGUGAUCAUUUGAAUGAACUUCCAGGACUGACUUUAGUGGUCCCUAAGGGUUGUAAAAAUUGAAUUUUUUUUAAAAAGUUGUGGGGUUGAUAGAGUUUUACAUGAUUAAUUUUUUGAAAUUCGUAGUGAUUCAAACUGUUGAUGUAUAAUGAAAAGUUUUAUUUUGAAAAAUCAACCCAGGAAGCUGCCCAUGGAUUUUUAACAAGGAACUAAACAAAAACUCGUGAUUAUUGUGGAAGGGUUUGCAGUAAAGUUUACUGAUCGAUUUUUUGCAGCAUUAUUAGCACGUGCACUAUCUGCUGUUUGCUUUAUAACUUUUUAAAUGUUUUUUAUAAGACAUGUUUAUUUAUAAAUCAUUAGACAUACAUGGAACUUUAGAUUGUAAAAUAACACAGUCAAUAUGCAAAUUUAAAUCAAAAUUUUUGGAAUCUCAAUCUUUGUACUUAAGGAAAAAUUUAUUCUUGAGUUCAAUGAUAAUAUGUUGUAAAAAUCUUUGUGAGAUUUAAUAGGAUAAAUAUUAUUAAAAUUGUAUCACAAUUUUGAAGUAUUUUUUUUCAAUAAUUUUCUUUUGACACUGCACAUCUCUCCAAAGUAGUUUGAUUGUGUGGUUUUGUCGAUUUGAGUUAGUAUAUCUUUUUCCUCUUUGUAAAAGUUUUACCAUUUAUGAUAAAAAAAAAAGAUGUAUGCAAAGUAUGUACUUACUGAAAAUUAAGUGACACCUUGUGCAUUAUAUAUAAUUACUGCUUUUACACUGUUACUAUCAUUAUUAGAGUUCAAGAAGUGAUGACGAUUACCAGAUUGAAUAAACACUCUAGGUAAUAAAAUAAUGGGAGAUUUCGUUUCUAUUUCGAGUAAGGCAAAUGUAUUUUUCUUUUCUUGCCUUAUUCUAAAAUGUGUAUUAAUUAUUGUAUAAUAAAGUAUUUAUGUAUUAAA